AUGCUGGUGGAGCAUCUUGAGACCAGAACAUGGGAGAUGCAGGUCAUGGGUGGUGGGCACAAGGUCACAGCAGAUUGGGUGCUGAGGGAAAUCGACAAGUUCGCCCAGGGCCUUGGGAAGUGGCUCAAGGUUGCUGGCGAUGACAAGGCCGAGAUCCUCCAGCAUAGCAUCGGCAGCCGACCGCUGACAGAGCAUAAGACCAUGGUGGAGUUCGGCAGCUUUGUGGGCUACACAGCCACCCGCAUGGGUCGCGCCGUGGAGCGGACCUACGAACAGGGGUAUGCCGACGGCUCGAUCCUCUUCGAGGACUCGCGGCUCCAGGGUGCGAACAGGAUCACGUCGAUGGAGAUUGAUCCCGUGCAUGCGUGCAUUGCCCGACAUGUCCUGGACAUGAGCCGCCUCUCCCACAUCGUGGAGGUGUGGAUUGGGCAAGUCAAGGACCUGAUCCCGCGAUUGACUGAGGAGCACGGAGACAUGAGUCUGAACAUGGUCUUCAUGGAUCAGAGGGGCACAACAUUCCACGACGACCUUUCCCAACUGGAGGAACUCAACCUGAUGUUCCCCAACUGCCGAAUCGUGGCCGACAACUGCGUCAAGCCAGGGUCACCUGUGUACUGCUGGCACACCACCGUCAGCGAUCGCUAUCAAACCACGAACUACAGCCUCAAUGAGUUCUUGGAGUCCACCAUUGAGGACUGGCAGGUGGUCUGUGACUACCUCGGCCCUCUCGCCGGGCGCCAGCAGGCAGAGCGCGAGGCUCAACGCCGAGGCGAGGGCGAUUGGCGCUCCUACCCCAUUCGGGAGGCCAAAGACAGCCUUCCCGAUGCCACGCAGCUGCCUACGAAAGGGAAGUGCAUGGAGUCGAAGGUCCUAGAUUUCGCAGCCAUGGGCGCGAACAGCAGCGGGUGCAGCUUCUGCCAAUCUUUCACGGCCCCUCAAACUGAGGUUUCGCCGAGAACACCGCGAGCGGAGUAUGGGACCGAGCUUCUUCCGCCCUCCGAAGCUGAGGCUUUCGUGUCAGAGAGUCAAGCUUCCCUGUGGGUGUUGCGGUGUGGUUCUUCGGCCGUGGAAGCAGCAGAAAGCCAGUUUGAUUGGGAGGUGCGAUUGGAGCGCAAGCGUGGUGAUGGAAGGAAGGGCAACAAGGCCCGCGUGGGCGCUGCUGCGGGCGACGAGGAGCAGGGUGAAGUCCACCUAGCGAAGCUGGAUCGGGUCUGUGCCGUCCUUGGCGACAAGGAGGCCGAGGCCAUCCUGUCAGCGAUGGAGUUCUUCCAGUUCCAGCCUGGGGAGGCGGUGGUGGAGCAGGGAACGACUGGGAACACCUUCUUUGUGGCCCAGACUGGCUCGCUGCAGGUGAGUGUUAAUGGCAACGUCUGCAACACCGUCUCCGAAGGCCAAGCCUUUGGGAGCUUGGCGCUCCUGUACAACUGUGACUCUGUUUGCAGAAAGUUGGUUGGCUGUGAUGUCCAAGCGCAAGGGCCAUGUAUGCUCACCUGGCACGACACUGCUUCACCAGGCCCUCGGACGGCCACCGUCAAGGCCCUUACGCCCUGCGGCGUGUGGGGCGCGAACGGUGCGGCGGUCCAUAAGGCGCUGAGGGAGAACGCUCACCAGCACCAACAGGACUACAGACUUUUCCUGGAUUCCAUCCGCCUCUUCGAUGGACUGACAGACAGCCAGAAGGAGAAAGCUGCCGAAUCGGCGUUCAAAGAAGUUUUCGAUACUGGCGCGAGAUUGGUGACGGCAGGCGAAGAUCUUGCCGCAAUCUACUUUGUGAAGAAGGGCGAGCUUCAAGUGAUGCGAGGUGGGAAGGUCAAGGCCGAUGGCUCCUUUGUGGAUGGCCAGGUUCUUGCGACGCUGGGUCCUGGCACUUCUUUGGGGGAAUCCCUCCUCUCCGGCGUCAGCGCGCGGUGGGAGAACACCGUGGUUGCCUCCAGCAGCUCAGAGGUUUUGUGCAUUUCGGUGCCCGAACUGAAGAGCUUGCUGGGCGAAGACCUGGGUCGCGUGUUGGAGAACGGCCUGGUCUUGAAGGCCAUGCAGGAAAGCGCGGUGCUGUCUCAGUUCUCCUCUGGCCAGCGCAGCGAGAUCUCAAAGUCGAUCUCGGUGCGGACGUACUCUGCCGGCGACAAGGUUGAGGACCAUGCAGGGUUCCUGGUCAUCGUCAAAGGCCAGAUCAAAGGAAGGUGGCAAGGCCGGGACGUGUCCCACAGCAUGCAAGUUCGCUUGGACACCCGAACCUCCGGCCUCGGCAUCAACGAAGCACGUGAGUGGAUCUUGAAAUGGCCCAGGCAAAUCCACGUCACUGGAGCAGGGCCAGUGGCUGGAGGCUGGGUGUUGCGCUGGGAUGCUAUAGGGGCUCCAAUCUUGACCGGGGAGGGGGGGCUGGCAUUUGCUUUCUUGCAGAAGCUGCAAGACAGUGCCCUUCUCGAGCGCUCCGAGCUGAAGAGCGAUCUUCAGGAGAUGGUGGCCGGCCCAGAUGGUGCUCGAGUCGCGUCUCUUAGCAAGGCGGGGCUCUCCACGGCCCUGGAGAAUUUGGGGCUGGCGGCAGUUGCGGUGGGCGAGGAGACCUCGGAUCUCGCCCGAAAGAUGCUGAUGGUCAGGAAAGUCCGGAUCUUUCAGCACCUUUCGCGCGAACAGCUGGUGCGGUCCUUCAUUCUGCAGCACCACCGGAAGGGUGCGCAGGUGAUCAAACAAGGGGAGCUCGGGUCCUCCUUCUUUGUGAUCGUCAGCGGCGAGGUGAAUAUCACCAUUGAUGGCAAGUUCAUCCGCGCGAUGUCCAAGAACUCCUACAUUGGAGAGCGGGCGCUGCUCUUCGAUGAGCCACGCACCGCCACGGUGGAAGUGACCUCCAACGAGGCGGAGUUCUGGUCCAUCGAGAAGCACACCUUCUCGCAGAUUGUGAAGGGCAAGAUGCAGGCGGAGCUGAUGCACCGGAUCCGCCUGCAAGACUCUUCCUUUGGGCUGAAGGACCUCCGGCAAGUCUCCGUCAUCGGAGCAGGAGCAGCUGGGACGGUUCGCCUGGUGAUCAACAAGAGCACCGGCACGAGGUAUGCGCUGAAACGAAUUCGAAAGCAGGGUGGUAAAGUCCCAGAGGAGGUUAACCGCGAAUGCGGGCUUUUGAAAGGCCUUGACCACCCGUUCAUCAUGGCAUUGGUGAAGACUUUCGAGACAGACAGGAGCGUAUACAUUCUCACAGAGCUCAUAACUGGUGGGGAGCUUCAUGCGGCCAUCCGCGAAAUCCCGACGGUGCUUUCCAGGGCCCAGGCGCAGUUUUACACGGGAUCGCUCGUGAUUGUGCUGGAGGAGCUGUCCGAGCAGCGAAUUGUGUACCGCGACCUGAAGCCGGAGAAUGUCAUGCUCGACUCACAAGGAUACCUGAAGCUGAUCGACUUCGGCAUCGCGAAGAAGAUGGCUGAAGGAGAGACGCGCACCUUCACCAUGAUCGGGACACCGCACUACAUGGCUCCUGAGGUGAUGCGGGGCCACGGCUAUGGCACUGAGGCGGACCUUUGGUCAUUGGGCAUCAUGCUCUUCGAAUUUGUAUGUGGCUACUUGCCCUACGCAGAUGAACUGGAUGACCCGACGGAGGUAUGUACCUCAGUGCUUAAGGAUCCGCUUGUGUUUCCGCAGCGCUUCAAGGACUCCGCCGCACGGACCCUGAUUCAAG